AUGUCAAUCCAAGGCAUCCUAGACGGCCCAUGGGCCGAUCAAUAUCACUCCGUGCAGUCGUCUAUGACGAAGCUAUGGCAGCAACAGUUUCACCCUCGUCGUCUAAGGGCUCGUCCCAUCAGAACUUUGAUGCUCCUAGUCGCUACAUGCUUCUUUGCCCUCAUGUUGCUGUCGCACUCUAGCGAACCAUCUGUUAGCUACUGGCUGAAAUUUCCAUCGUAUCCCCCCUCUCGUGAGCGCCCUGAAGACACGCGGAUGCUCUUUCCGGGAGGACAUACGCUGAACCGAAAUGAUUCACUUCCACAUAACUUACAAAAGUCGAACCCGUCCUUCCACCUCCUCAUACCCGCAUCGCACAAGUCCUCCUCGCUCUGUCGCACCUUAACGUCGUCUAUGAUACUGAACUAUCCGCCGCCUACAUUGAUUAGCUAUGGCAAGGCGGUUCCGGAGGGGUACACAGAAUAUGCUGCUAUGGUGGACCGGAUAGCUGGCAUAUAUAAUUAUCUUGCAUAUAGCUCGCAGAUGAAGGAUAACGACCUCGUUCUUAUUGUUGACUCGCAAGAUUCUGUCUUCCAACUGCCACCUGAGGUGCUGAUCCAAAGGUUUCAAAAUCUUCUCAGGGAGAAUAACGCGAAAUUGCUCCAAAAGUAUGGCACUGUGACGGUAGACAGGCCCUACCGUACAGGGUCACAGGAAACAGUACAGAAGUACUCUCAAAGAAUCAUGUUUGCAGCAAGCAAGGAGUGUUUCCCCGGGCUUAACUUAGACGCAGGGUGUGUUACUGUCCCGCAAUCGAGCCUACCGCCAGACGCUUAUGGGUGGAAAACGGAUAUUCACCCGCAGGGACAUCUGAAUAGGCCGCGCUGGCUUAAGCCUGGCGCAGUCAUCGGUCAGGCGGCUGAUCUUAAAAUGUUAUACGCCGAGGUCCUGCGGUUUGUGCAUCAACAUCGCAAUGCGCGGGGUGACUAUCUAGCAAUGACGCAGAUGUUUGGUCGGCAGGAAUAUGUGCGGGAGCUGGAGAGGCAAAGCACUGCGAAUGGAUUCAAGGAAUGGCUGUACACGCUGAUCGGCAUUUCCGAUGCGUCAAAUAUAACAGGAGCCACUCAACCGCAUCUUGAACUUGGCACUCGAUACGAAUAUGGAAUUGGAGUCGACUAUGAGUCUCGCCUGUUCUUCAACAUGCGUAAUGCUAAGAUGGAUGUCGAAUGGCUCCACUACAACAAUGUCAGCAAGACUUCGGCAGUGCAGAUGCAGCAUGGAGUCCCUAGAGAGAAACGCCUUUUGAUUCCUUCCGAUAUUACACCCGAGAGCAUUGGCAAUCCGUUCAUUCAGCCCAAGUUUGGCAAGGAUGACUGGCCGAACCCGCCGCUCAAUGAUACUCUUGAUAAGCUUCCGAACCCACGCAAUCAUACCUGGCACAACCUUCCAUUACUGACGAACAUUCACUCAGCAUCUGUUCCGGCUCUGUUACAUUUAGACGGGGAUCACACAGUCCUAGAUAAAUGGUGGUCAGAGAUGUGGUAUCAACCAUGGGCCCGUGCCCUUCUCCGCAAGUAUAUGCGCACCCCGAAUGGGUUUGACGCCGCUCAAUCAUCCCUACUAGGAGGACAAGAAUGGUGGGAUAUGCGUGGCGGUAAGGGGGGUCUCUGGACCGAUAAGGGCGAAUGGCUGGCCUAUACGGAGGUAUGUGGAAGCUACGACAAAGAGCUAUUCAACGACGAACUCGGACCAUUUGGUAAGGAAAAUGGCGAAGAUGCGGACGAGCCGGUUUACAACCGAUUCGGAAAUGUCAUCAAGGGCAAAGAAAAAGCUGAGGUGUGGUGA